AUGCAAACUCAUUAUGGAAUGACAGACGGGAAAGGGGCCCAAGAUCAGAGGCAAAAACAAAUCCAACAUAAGGUCCAACAAGACCUCAUAAAGCUAGCAACUGAAGCCUCUAAUCCACACCAUGAACCCAACAAACUCCUAGACCAGGUUCAUCAGGUGCUCAAACCCUUAGAUUUUUCAUCCCAAAUUUUCACCAGCAUCAAUGACACCUAUCAGACCCUAACUGAAACCUCACCAAACCUCUCAUGUUGGCUCUGUCUUCCCUUGAGAACCCGGCCAUUCCUUGCCCAACCGAUUCCCAGCAAAGGGAUAGAGGCCCAAAAUCUCACUCGAAAUGCCACAAAAGUUACCUGGCCAAUGGGGCCCAUGACCACCGAGGUAAUGUAUUUACCAGCCAAUGCCUCUUGCUUUCUGGCCAAAGACACCUCAUUGACCACAGUGGCCUGUGAUGGCUCGAGACGAGGCCCCCUAUCCCCAAACCCUCCAAUAUGCGGAAAAUCCGGGAUAUUCUUUCUCUGUAAUCAGACCGCCUUACUACAAUGUUUUCCACCCAACUGGACUCAGCCUUGCACCCCAGUCUUCCUUACGCCCUAUCUGACCAUUCUGACACCACAGGCUAUGGAAGACCAGAUCCAACCAACCCACUGCCAACGAAGGGCACUGGCUGCAGCUCCCCUGCUCCUGGGAGGAGGUUUAUUCACAGCCUUAGGACUGGGGGCAGGGGGACUGGGAUCAGCCACACACUUUUACUAUAAGCUCUCCGCAGACCUCAGUCGAGACCUGGACAAGGUGGCAGAGUCCCUGAUGGCAUUACAGACCCAGAUAACUUCUCUGGCAGGAGUAGCUCUCCAAAAUCAAAGGGCCCUAGACCUGCUAACGGCCGAAAAAGGGGGAACCUGUCAGUUCUUAGGGGAAGACUGUUGUUUUUUCAUUAAUGCCUCGGGGAUAGUUCAGAACAAGGUCCAAGAGUCGAGAGAAAGCAUCAGACUUAGACAGGCCGAGUCAGGCGGUUCCGACUUUUUCGGAUGGUGGAAGUCAUCUUGGGCAAAAUGGCUUUCCCCACUUCUCAGACCCCUCACUGCCUUGUUCCUCAUCCCAUCGAUAGGACCUUCUGUUUUUCAGAUCAUCCUCCAGAGGGUCAGGGAUCUGAACCAGACGGCUACUGGACGGAUGCUGAUGGUGGCCGCAUACUCCAAACUCCCGUCCAGAGACCCUGAGGCCCCCUAA